CUCAUAGAACAUAGCGGACCACCGCCACCCUGACGACAUUACACCAAAGAAAAAAGUGUUUAUCUGAAAGAAUCUGAUCUUGGUGGAUGCACAUAUAGUCAUGGUCGUUCAAACAACUCCCACGCGGGCAGUGGCGGUUGCUUCGGACCGUAGCACCAGCUCCUCGUCUCCUCACAACAAGGACUCAGCUACCUUUGCAGGAGCUGCAACAUCCGCGGUUUCUGCCUCUGCGACUUCGUCCAGUAGCUCCAGUACUUCUAGCAGGGGCAAGGACAUGCUUUCGCUUUCCGCAAAGAACACGAGCAAGAGGAAAGUGCUACAGACGGAUUUCACGUUGGCGGACUUUGAAAUCGGCACGACGCUGGGAAUCGGCGCUUUCGGGCGGGUGUACUUCGCGAAAUCGAAGAAGCACGGAAAUCGCAUUGUCGCUUUAAAGUCGCUGCAGAAGCAAAAGCUGGUGAAGCAAAACCAGACGAAGCAGGCCUACUGCGAGCGCGACUUGUUGUCGCAACUGACGCACCCCUUUCUCGUCGAGUUGUACGGGGUUUUUCAGACGAACCGCAACGUCUACUUUGUUCUGGAGUUUGUCCGCGGGGGCGAAUUUUUCUUCCACCUGCGGCAGCGCGGGCGGCUGAUCGCCCCGGUCGCGCGGUUCUACGCCGGCUGCAUCGUCGCGGCCUUCCAGUACCUGCACGUAGACAAACGCAUCGUGUACCGGGACCUGAAGCCCGAGAACCUGUUGCUCGCUCACGACGGGUAUCUGAAGCUCGCGGAUUUCGGUGCCGCAAAACUACUCGACGCAUGUCUGGCGCCUUCUAAUGGGGGUGCUCCAGGGGGUGAUUUUGGCACGAUGAAUCAGCUGCACGGCCGGACAAGUCAGGAGCUCGACGGCACUGCUCAGAACAAGCGAAUCCUGAACAAUUCGAAUCAAAACCGCGGACCUUCGUCCGGCAAGAAGUCGUCUCCAACAUCAGCGAGCUCUACCAGGCCCUCAUCUACCGCCAGCGAGCCGGUAGUACUCUCCUCAUUUCGGACCAGCCGGACAAAAUCCUUUGUGGGCACCCCGGAAUACAUCGCCCCCGAGAUUCUUCUGAACCAGGGUCACGACUGCGCCGUGGACUGGUGGUGCCUCGGUGUUUUUCUGUUCGAAAUGCUCACCGGGAACGCGCCGUUCCGCGAGGAAAGUUCCUCUAGUUCUGACGAAAACAGGGAGGACAUACCCCCUGGAGUCGAUGGUCGCGACGAGGACGGGAGCAAAAGUGCGAGCUCGCCACCACUGAGUAAACAAGACAACAAGCCACGGCAGAAAAAGCAUCAAGAGGCCGCGGCAAAGAUUCCCUACCCACUGAACAUCUACCAGAAACUCCUGGGACGGGAAAGAGUGCGGUUUCCAUCCUUCCUAAAGUCGGAAAAAUCUGCCCGAGACAUCAUCCAGCACCUGCUCUGCGCCGACCCGGGAAAACGAUGGACGCACAAACAGCUCGUGCCGCACAAGUUCUUCACCACGAUGGUGCUCGAAGAGGAGCUUGUUUCUUCUACAACAAGCACUAGCACAAAAAAUUCUCCAGAAGACAACAAGAGCGUCUGCGUCGGAGACCACAAGCCCAUGACCUCGACCUCCGUCGAAACAAAUAAAACCUCCGUGAUCAUCAGCGGGGAGAGGUAUUUUCAGCAGCUGCUGGCGAAGAAGCUGGAGCCACCCUUCCUGCCAACUUUGAAGAGCGAAGAGGACACGAGUAACUUCGAGUAUUACUCCGACUCGGAAGAGGACGAGAUCUGUGCGCACGCGAACGGAAAAUCCAAUAACUUCGCGAAAGUAAUGAGCACGGUCACAUACGAUGCAUGUCAGGAGGCUUUUCGAGCCUGGUGCUGAUCUUCCGAAACAAUCGCGUUGAAUUCAAUAUGAAUAUACACUUUUGGCAAAAAAUCAUGAAAGCAGUCGUUGCAGACUUCUUUGGAACUGGAUUGAUCACCCUCCUUCACAGUCGCAAUCGGAUGUCCACUUUGCAGUGACGAAAUUCAUUGCCGAGGUUCUCGUAAUUUUUGGUUCGGAUGAAAGACGACCGUUUCAUUUUUCUUGUGCCAACAACAUGAACAUCUAUAUCUAAGUAAGUUUUUGACCUUCAGGUUCAGCAC